AUCCCGAAGGGCGCGGGUGGGCCUGUCGGAGUGUUGGGAUUUGAGUUUCGGCUGUUUGAACCCAGGAUCUCGAAAUGCAUCGUGAUUCCUGUCCAUUAGAUUGUAAGGUGUAUGUAGGUAAUCUUGGAAACAAUGGGAACAAGACUGAAUUAGAACGAGCUUUUGGCUAUUAUGGACCACUCCGAAGUGUGUGGGUUGCUCGAAACCCUCCUGGCUUUGCAUUCGUUGAAUUUGAGGAUCCCCGAGAUGCCGCUGAUGCUGUCCGAGAGCUCGAUGGAAGAACACUAUGUGGCUGCCGUGUAAGAGUGGAACUUUCGAAUGGUGAAAAAAGAAGUCGGAAUCGUGGCCCACCUCCCUCCUGGGGUCGUCGCCCUCGAGAUGAUUACCGUAGGAGGAGUCCUCCACCCCGGCGAAGAUCUCCAAGAAGGAGAAGCUUCUCUCGAAGCCGGAGCAGGUCACUUUCUAGAGAUAGGAGAAGAGAAAGGUCUCUGUCUCGCGAGAGAAAUCACAAGCCGUCUCGAUCCUUCUCUAGGUCUCGUAGCCGAUCUAGGUCAAAUGAAAGGAAGUAGAAGACCAGUUUGCAAAAGAAGUGAUGUACAGGAAAGAACUUCAUUUGACAGGAGUAUGUACAGGAAAUUCAAGUUUGUUUGAGACUUCAUAAGCUUGGUGCAUUUUUAAGAUGUUUUAGCUGUUCAAAUUUGUUUUGUCUCUUGGAACUGUGACACACAACGAUGUAAUUCUCUAUGGUUCCAAAUGGAUCCUAGGAGGCA